GUAGGAGGGAGACUCGUAAGAGCGCAGGCGAGCAGACGCUGUUCUCUUCAAACAGAUAAGGCGGACUAAAACCGGAGACUGCAGCCCUUCUGUCCCUCACUGUCGGCGCAAGAGGCGUGAAAGCACCAACAUCAAGCACAGAAGAAUACAUGCUGUAGUGGCUAAAUACAACAGGGACUACAAAUAGAAUACAUGCACCCUUUUCUCUAACUUUGUCAAGACCAGAUAAAGUGCACCAUGGAUUUUGUAAUGAAGCAAGCACUGGGAGGGGCCACCAAAGACAUGGGGAAAAUGUUAGGUGGAGAAGAGGAAAAAGACCCAGAUGCCCAGAAGAAAGAAGAGGAGAGGCAGGAGGCACUGCGGCAACAAGAGGAGGAGAGGAAGGCUAAGCAUGCUCGCAUGGAGGCAGAGAGAGAAAAGGUCAGACAGAGCAUCAGAGAUAAGUACGGACUGAAGAAGAAAGAGGAGAAGGAGGCUGAGGAGAAAGCGGCAAUGGAGCAAGCCUGCGAAGGUUCACUAACUCGCCCGAAAAAGGCCAUUCCGGCAGGGUGCGGGGAUGACGACGAUGAAGACGAGGAGAGCAUUUUGGACACAGUUCUGAAAUUUUUGCCGGGACCUCUUCAGGACAUGUUUAAAAAGUAAUGGACAUGAGUCUGUAUUUGGGGGCUGCUGGGAGGUUUACUUUUGCGAGGAAGUGAUGUAGUUUGAGACUGGGUAUAGUGGGAAUCUUGCCAAACUGUGGAAGGCUUUUCACUGCCUAAAAAAAGUCUUAGUUGUUAUUUCUACUGAUAAAAACAAUCCAUUCCCCUACAAAGUUGGUCUUGUCACUGCCAUUCAGGUUCAGAUUGUUUAUAUGUUGAAGAUUUUUCUAUUAGUUAACUUAUAUGCACAACCAUGGCCUCAUACUCUGCAAAUAGUGGGCCAUUGGGAUUCAUUAUAAAGGAAACAACAGGAAUGCAUUCCAUGCAGUUGACACUAAAGAACUCUGGCACUGGGAUGAGGUGUUUAUGUGUGUGCAGAUAGUGUCCCCCAAUUUAAGCAUGAUGCCUUCCGAUUACUUUCUACAUAUUUGAGUUGAAUUUGAUUGUUUGUGAGGAAUUUAUGUUAUUUUUUAGAUAUGACUGAAAAAGUUUUCUCUCUUGAAUAAUGGAUCUCGACUUAAUUAUUGACUUGCGAGAAAACAUGAGUGUGUCUACAAUGCUGUUCUAGACAUCCUGAAUGCACAAUGUCUAGUUGUCAUUUCUUGGAUACACUUCUUCCCCUUAUUUCCAUAUUUGUCUUUUAGAGUGCAAGAGUAUGAAUAAAUAAGAGAAGUCAUUUGUUUAACAUUUGGAAGAGAAGUAAUAUGCACAUCAGUCCUGCCAGCAUGAUUUUUAGGAAAGGAAAGUAUGUAUAGGUUUGUAUUGGAUUAACAAUAAAUAAAUAAAUAAAUAAAUAAAUAAAUAAAUAAAUAAAUAAAUAAAAACACUGCCAUAUUUAAGCUAAAUAAUUAUUUCAGUGACCAAAUCUUUUCUGUGAAGAAAAAACUUGUACUUGUUAUCCAGCCUGGAAAACACUGCACUGAUGGGAGCUAGAUUCUAUGAAAAAUGAGCAAGUGAUUUUUAUUUGGAGGUAUCACUUUUGCCCAGAAAGACAAUCAAAUGCCACCACUGUAGUGCAGUAAAAAGAUACUGAUAUUAAAAGUAAUGAAAGUAUGAAAUUGGCUAGCAAGUUAAUGUGAAUCCAUUUUGAGAAAUAUUAACAAGAAACAAAAAUCCUGAUUUGAGGUGUCUAGGAAAUAAUUUGAUUUGCACCCAAAAUCUAUAGACCAUAUAAAGAGCAUCAAAAUCUUCAUUCCUGUAAUCAAAUCGAAGUCUAGAAUGAGCUGUUUUUGACUUUCUGGCUUCCAAGCUAGAUGGAAGAAUCAAUGAAACAAAGCCAAUAAAAAUUAAAUAUACAAUAAUUCUACAUUCUAGUUCCCUGACAACUAUACUGUCUAAUACUGCCAAGAUCUUAUGCUACGUAACCUUUUCAUAUUCAUAGAUAAAUAGAAUGCUAUCUAUUUAUUUAUAGCUGUGGCUAUAUAUCUGCUGGUUAUAGCCAAUCUAUCUAACAAGAUUUUUUAAACAUUUAACCACUGUGGCAUUUUUAAGAUAAAAUAUUACAGAGAUGGCAAAAAGUUUUUGGUAAAUCGGUUAAAGGGUCAAAAGUUGCAUAAUUUGAACAUUUUGAUUUGAUUUUCUUUACAUUUCAUACUGUUUAAAAAUUACAGAAUUUUAUAAGCAGACAAUAUCAAGGGGUUUACAUACACAUGUUCCAGUCUGAUACUGAAAAAUAAAAAUUACUCGGCAUGUCAAAGCUUGAGCUGAGCAAUGGGUGAUGUAGGGUAAUAUAAAACCCUUUAACUAUUCUUAGUAAGGAAGGACGGUAGUUCUAUUUAGCAGCUGUUUCUAGAUUUAGAGUGUUUAAACCCAAUUCACAAAAGUCCCUGAGCCACUCUUGUGGAAUUGGCAGAUUGGCUUAAAAAAAGAUUCGAAGUAAAUAUUGACAGUAGUUUUUAGGUCUAAUCCAGAAGGCAAGUUUUCUAUUUUGAAUAGCUAGGAAUGAUAAAGGGUGACCUUUUUUUCUAGUGCUGAGCGUUUUUUCACUAGUUAAAGCCAUAUUGUUUAGACUGCAAUAAUUACUGAAAAUAAUAUGUAGGUAAACAAUUUUCUGUCAUGCAUUCACUUCCUGUAAAAAUGUAGAAGUUUUGUGGAUGCUUUCACGCAUCCUCCGAUCGUAUAACUGUAAUCUCUGACAUCAUGUAUGUGAAACUGUGUAUAUACCUAGGUAUAUAUGCAAACAUUUCUAAAAGGAUAAACAUACUCAAAGCCAUUGUUUACGUCUAUUGUACGUACUACGAGUUCUCUAUGUGAAUGUGUAUAUGUGUCUGUGCUCGUCUGUAACGUAUGACAUGUUCUUAGUUCAUGUACUGUUGAUGCUGUGGGUGUUUCAUAACUUGAAUGUGCACAAGUCUCAUUGUUUCAGAGACAGCACAAUGUCCGACUCGCAUGCUGUCUGAUACCAAAACACUAGGUUCAGUGCUGUUUAAUGUACAAAUGUCCCUGCAACAGAAGCUGCUCGUUAGAUCAAAGAGUAAUGUUGUUCUUCUGUUCGAACGGAAAGGAAUCUGGUAUUAAGGCCUGUGCAUGAGAUUUCCAGUGAUUAUUUACAUCCAUUGAGCUCUGUACAUGUUCAGAGUAAAAUAUACUUCCACUUUUUUUUAUAUCAUACGAUCAUACAAAUUACCCUUUGAAAAACAGAUCUGUACAUGUAGAACUGUACUUUGUCUUGUUACUGGGGUCCAAUUAGAUCUUCCCAUGGAAAUGUGGAUAUGAUGUACCUUUAAUUGAUUCUUUAAUAUACAUAAAAGGAGCGUAAAUAGUUUUUAUUUUUGAGAAACAUGUUUCAAGGUAUACAACUUUUUAGGUAAAUGAUGGUACAGGAAGUGUCCCCCUGAGCGUACCAGCUCAGCAACUAUAUACAGUUUAGUACUCUUUUUUUCUACGAGUGUAUUACGGCAUACUACAUUUGACUUCAAUUUUUUUGUAUCAUUUAUAAAUUAUUCUGAAGCUUCUUUCACACAGAAGACAGCUAACCCAUUUAAUAUGUUUGUACUAUAUAUUUGCACCUGAUUUUUUUUCAUGUAGAAAACACCGCAUUCAACCUACUGGGUAAAGGGCUGGAAAUGUACAUUUGUGCUUCUACUUUCUAUUUUUCGACAUACUGAAUAGCGUUUGAUCUCCAAUCUUUGUCUUUGAAAGGUUAUCUCAUACUGAUUUUUUGUGUUUUGUUUCUUCAUCGUUUCAUAUCUGAGGUAAGCAGCUUCUCAGCAUCAUUUGUCUUCAUUUCACAUUAAAGCCUUACCAUGCUUACUAUAUACGAUCAUGUGGAAAUGCUGUUUGUGAGUGUCUGUUGGCUCUUCGUUUCUGUUUGUCUAAGGCAAACCACAUAGAAACUGUGCUAAGGGCUAUCAAUUCCAACACUUACACAUGUUCCUUUUUUAAUGUUUUUGUUGCCAGCUACUUUCUUGCAGACAAACUGAUUUUAAAGAGGAAAAUUUGCCUGUGUUUACACAAGGGUUUGUCUCAGUUUCAUGACUUUGCAUUCUGCAUUAUUUUGUUCAUUAGUACAUUUUCUUGUGUGUAAAAUUAAUGUAGAUGUAAAUUUAAAGGGAAGAAAAAACCCUUCUGAAUGUUUGAAUUGCAUUAUUUCAGGUAGAAGCUAGAAGCUCAGAAAACAAUAAAUUACCGAAUUGGUUUGAGUGAGAUUAGCACUAUUAUUCAUAAUGUGCUCAUUAUCUUACCCAGAUGUUUGUGUUGCUGCUUGUUUCUGGUAUAUCUGAGUUAAGGAGUGAAGAAAUUCAGCUUUUUGAAAAAUUUAUUCAGUUUCUGUUCCAGGGACCUAAAAAACUUCAAUCAGGGAAAUACUAUUAUUUCUCAAAAUCUGUAAUGACAUACUGUAUUUCUUAUAAAACAGUAAAAGAAUUUUCACAUAGAGUGUAUUUAAAGCUUGGAAUGUUCUUUCUGGAAAAAGCAAUUACACAAAAUGUAACUGAACAUGUGAUGUGUGAAUAGCCUUCAUGUAUUAAUGUUUACUGCUUGAUGAUUUAGUCUUGCACUUAAAAGGGUGAAACUGCCGGGGUUAGUAAUCUAAUCAAUAUUAUUCUAUAUAAUAUAGCUAAACUUUCAACUUUAUCAUGGAAAAAAUAUUUUCGUGUACCUUAAAAUGUUGUGUAUUUCUAUUUACAAAAAAAAAAAAAAAAAAAGAAUGGAUUUAUUUGUGGAACAGAAAUUCUUUCUUGCAUGUAGAACCUUUUUUUAUUAUAAUUUAUUCUGCAUUAACAAUGCCAUCUUUAAACCUGUACAUUGUGAGGAUACUGACAGCAACAUGCUGAACACAAAAACAUUGCAAAUAGUUCAGCUAAUAGCUAAAUACAAAACUGCUAAAAAAAAAACACAAAACAGGGUGAAGUAGUUUUCCUGAUAAUGAUAUUAACAAAGAAAUAUAUUUGUUAAUAAAUAUAUAAAUUUCGAUGUCCUUUUUCAAACAAGAUGAUCUGCCAAAAAGUCUAAUAACUGCAAUGAUGUCAUUUUCCUUCAUUUCUGUUAAAUCAUAUUUUGGUCUGCUUCUGUAUAUUUUGUAUUUUUUAUUGUAAUGGAGAUAAUGAUAAAGUUGAAAGGUACUGAUUUACAAAUAAAACAAAAGGAUAAAAAUAACUUUUUGCAGGGUGUGUGUGUGCAUGUGUGUGUGCGUGUGUGUGCGUGUGUCUGCGUGCGUGCGUGUGCGUGCGUGUGUGUGUGUAUUGCCAAUGUACAGUAAACAUAUGACAUAUUUAUUUGAUUGCAUGUCCCAGUACACAUCAAAACCAAAUCACUGUAAAAUUGUCAUUAACAAAAUUUAAGAGUUGAAUUUAGCCUUUUUGGAAAGAUCAUAAACAAAUAAAAUUGUUUUUUAAAAACA